UGUGUGAAAACAUGCCUGACAAAGGGCGCACUGAAACCAGGAUACUGUUCGUCCGGCACCUCGAUUUCUUCUUUCGCGGGAGCGUGCAAAGAAAAGUGCGAAAUUGAUACAAAUUGCAGCGGAGUGGAUAAAUGCUGCCGUCACAGCUGUGGAUUCACAUGCCAAUCACCGACUGAACUGGAAUCGAUAGAUGCAUAUUGCGAUAUAAUCUACGGGCCUGCUUUGAUACAAACUGAUGUCUUUCUUAUAGUCCUAUGUUCGAAGUCGAUGAGACCUCAGCGGGUGCUGAGAAAUGUGCUAAAGCCGGGAAAGUGGUACCAAUUCAGGGUGGCUGCCGUGAAUGAGAAUGGAACUCGAGGAUUCAGUAACAGUUCUUCACCAUUCACAGUAACAACAAGUCCAAAGCCUCCAAAGUCACCAGAAAAUGUUACAAUCGGCCAACUGACAAGGGAAGAUAGAAGUUUGAAUGCGGAAAUGAGAUGGUCUCCUUCCGUCUCAGAUAUUCCGAUACAAAAGUAUAUUGUUUUUUGGAGUAGAAGGCUCUUUGGAUCCAAAGCUCUGGACUCUGUUCUGGUUCAUCAGCAAGUGAUACCCGGG